AUGAUGCGCGAUCUUCGCGACUCAAUCGAUCAGUUUUCCGGAAGUACUGUAAAAGUUGAAAAUGAAUUAAAACAAAGAAAUGUUAAUUGGUUGAACAAAGGUAUAGUCAAUAGCUUAGCGGAUUGGUCAGCUUUAGACUUUGACCCUCUCGAAGAACAAGCCCUUUUACAUGAAAAUUCUAUUUCACUUGUUAAUAACGAUUCUACAGUUCCUAACAGUAUAGACGUGAGCAAUUUGAAAAUAGCUGGCAAAUGUUUUCAAUAUUUAACGACAACGAGCAGUGGAGUGUACAAAAACAUGCAUAUUUACUCCGUCCUGACUUAUGAGAACGUACAAAAGAAGAUGUUUUCAGACAAACUUCUUCACAAACACAUUGGCUAUGAAUUAAAACUGGCUCUGCGAAUGGGUUUAUGGUUCACUCCAUCAGUCAGUAUGAAUCUCAAAAAAGUCAAAGUGAGAAAAAAAGACGAUAUAGAAAAGCACACCGAUGGUUGUGGUCGCAUAAGUAUCCCUGUGGCAAGAGAGAUGAGUACAAGAUGGAAAGAAGGGCGAAAAUACAAAAAUGUUCCUUUUAGUGCCCAAAGCAUUGGCCCUACGGCUUGGAAUUCUGGUACAUUUCAAGAUAGCGAGAUUGAGUACGAUGAGACUGUGCAGCAGCCAGAAUAUUACUCAGCAUUUCAAGUCCGUCUAGAUGGAUUUAAAGGCAUGCUUGUUGUUGAUCAAAGUCUUGGUUCAAAAAGAAUCAUCAAACCUUCGCCUAGUCAGGAAAAAUUCAUGUCACCAGAAAUACAAGGUCGUUGGAGUUAUAAAAGUAUUGAGAUGGUACAAUGUUCACAGCCCAUGGUAGGGGCACGCCUUAAUUUAGCACUUAUUUCUCUCAUUGUCUCUUGUGCCAAAGAUUCCAAAGAUAUGCAAGCAUAUAUCACCGGCUUAGCAAUUGAUGAUUUAAAAAAGCGGUUAAACAAACAAAAUAGAAAGGAUGCGAUUGAAUUUUCUAUAAAACAUAACGAUGUGAAAUCAUUCAAUAUGUUAGGAGCUGGUUGCCCUUUACUUGAGACGUUUUUGGCUGGUUAUUAUCAGAAUUAUAUGCGUCGUUUCAAAAUUGUUGUAGAGAAGUCGCGUCGUUUGUUUGGUGUUGCAGAUUUUUGGCAUGUAUUAACAUCGGGAGAAGUUUUCGUACAAGUCUCGAAUCUAAAAGAAUUCUCAAAGCAAAAAGUUUUGGUCACGAAAGAACCAUGCUUUCAUCGAGGUGAUCUGCGCACAUUCACGACUGUUACAUUACAAGACCUCGAGAAACGAAAAAAUGGAAGAUGCCUUACUGGGCUAAAGGAUGUGAUUGUUUUUAGUUGUUGUAAGCAUGAGCCACCGGAACCGGAAAAAAUAUGUGGUAGUGAUCUCGAUGGCGAUCAGUACUUCGUUUGUUGGGAUCAAAAUAUCGUUGGUAAGCUUAGGGAUCCUCUGUAUGACGCUAGUAACUUUGAUCCGACUAAGAAAGAAAAUCUUGAAAAAGUGUACAGCUCUAAAGUCACAAAUGUAGCUAAAAAUCUAAUACAACGGGAAAAACACUACGCUGAGAACAUACCCAGUGAAAGUACAAGUUCAAUUUUUAAACUUUCAUCUGAUGAAGAGAAAUUAUUACGGUAUCAUCAUCAACCGGCCAAUGAAUUCGAAAAUGAUGUGGAAGAAAGAAAGUAUCGAUUAGAAAAAUGCAACAACCUAGAUGAAGUCUCGAAAGUAAACGUUAUAGAAAAAUCAGAAGAACUUGAUAUUGUUACUACGCUAAUGCAUCACAAAGCUGCAAUGAACGCAACAAAUAUCGCUGAUAAUCCAGUUUUGUUUUCAGUUCAAGAUAUAUUUGAUAUUCAUAUGAGAAUAAUGGAUAAUUUGAAAGCUGAAUGGACGACAGAUGAGAACUGGAAACUAAUGGAACAACUUUGUCAAAUUAUAGCUAUAGUUGUCGACUCAGCUAAGUCAAACGUGAUGACUUUCAAAAAGCCUGUAUUAGAAGAUCUUCAUUUAAAUGAAUUGCCCAAAAAUCCUCAUUACGACCCAUCGAAAAGAAAAAACGAUUGUAAAUAUUCGAGCUCUCCUCUUGGUCAAAUUUAUGAUGCUUUGCAAAGAGAACUUCGAAAUGACUUAUUAGGACAUUUGCAAUUAUCUGAUCAUAUUGACAGCACGGAUCAAAUCAAUCAUAACACUCUAUACGAUGAAAUUUGUGAAUUGAAACUAAGCUUUCUGCUUCAUUACACGAAAAGGCAAUAUCAUUCUGAUACUGAAACAUUAGGAACAAACUUUGAUGAAAGCUUCAAUACACAACAUCAAAAUUCUGAUACAGAAAACCACGUUUUUAAUACAUCGCUACAGUCAAUAAUACCUCGUCUGCAUAUAAAGGACAUCUAUAAGUGGUACGAAAAUGAAGUUAAACCAUUAACAAAUACGAGUCUAUUGAAAAAAGAAGCAGCAUGCACGAUGCUUUGGAAAGUAAUUAUGUUAUCAAGUUUAACAGCUAGAUCUUCUUCAAGAUUACAAAUUUUCUAUCUUAAUGAGCAAGAAAGUCUAAUCGAUGUGGGGUUGGAAAAUGUUAUUAAUAGUAUUGAUAUCAAUUGUCCAUUUUUAUGUAUAACACAAGACCUGUAUGAAGAUUUGCAACAGAUUUCGUCUGAAUCUUUUCGUUUCCCCAAUAUUUCUAGUGGAACAUUCUUUACAAUAGAACAACAUCACACAGCCUUAUUGAUCGAACGACUUAGCAUAUUGAUCGAGAAAACAUUUUGGCGAGAUCUAAAGUUACCUUAUCCAGAUUGUGCGAGACUAACGCGCUUAAUUAACAAAGACUCCAAAUUGAGCCCUGUGACAUUUGAUGAAACUCAUAGUUUAUUCGAGAUGUAUUCGCAGGAAUGCCUUCAAAAACCAGUUAUUACAGGUACGCUCAUUACAGAUCCAUCUGGAAUGGAUAGCGAUGACGAUGAUAAUAAUAAUCAUAAUGGUAAUAGUUCUCUUCUGCCGAAUCUUCAAGAGAUUGAUAUAUGCAAACCGAAUAAUCCUCCUGCUUAUGUGCUUUCAAAACUUCGUGAUAUCCUAGGUUGUCUUCUAUGUUUUCGUGAGACAUGGAGUUCAACUCAGUCUCAAAAUUGCCGAUCAGCUCUUUGUGAGAAAAUAGCUGAUAUUUCUUUUCAUCAGAUUCAAAUGUGCAAAUAUCAAAAAGUUCUUCAAGAAGUUCGCGACACUUGGGAAAGCUGCAAUAAACUCGAGAAUUUACCACGUUGUACUUGGAAUAGAGGUCGUAUCAACCUGAGUAAACUCGAAGAGGCCGAUACACUGAUGCAAGAGCUAUUUAAACUUUUUCUUAACGAUGUCACUGCAGAGACCAUUUGA